CUCAGCAGGAAACCAGAUGAUUCUUCGUCUUUCUGUUUGAUUCGAAGACAACGUUUAUAAUCUCUCUCUCAAAUUUACAAUCAUCCCAGACGCGAUGACAACACAUCCUGAAGUUCUAUGGGCUCAACGUAGCAGCGAAUCUUCUGCCGAGAAGAACGUCAUUUGGUUGACUGUAAACGUGCCAGACAUUGACGAGACAAGUCUCCAAUAUAAAUUAACAUCUACCGAGAUUUCUUUCAAGGCAGAGUCAAAAACCGACAAGAGAGCAUAUGCAUUCUCGCUCCCGCUAUUUGAUGAAGUAGACACAGAAGCGUCUUUGAGCAAAUUGAGCUCGCGCUCUUUCACGGCGGUGCUACGAAAGAAGGCCCUCAAGGCUGAGUACUGGCCACGACUAACGAAGGAAAAGACGAAGCUGCCAUUUGUCAAGACUGAUUUCAGCAAAUGGGUUGAUGAAGACGAGCAAGACGGUGCCUCUUUGGAGGACGAUUUCGCCGGUAUGGGAGACAUGGGUGGUAUGGGCGGCAUGGGUGGCAUGGGCGGUAUGGGAGGCAUGGGAGGUAUGGGCGGCAUGGGAGGUAUGGGUGGCAUGGACUUCAGCAAGAUGAUGGCUUCCAUGGGCGGAGCUGGUGGUGCCGGCCCAUCAGGCACAGAUGAGCCCGCUGACUCUGAUUCUGAUGAUGAUGGCCCACCCCCUCUUGAGGAUGCUGAACCUAGUACAUGAUCGAUGGAUAGCCCCUAAAAUUGGAAAAACUGUACGCUGUAGACACGACUCUGUUGUUUGUCAUUGCCAAUGAAUUUGCUUAUUGCACUAUCGUUCUUGCAAAAUCCAGCAGGAAUAAGUAGGCAUCCGUGUGUGCAGGAAAAUUAUUGUGU